CCGUCGUAGUUAGCAUGGAUCUUAGCAGUCAUCAGAUAACUAGGUCGGUGCGUGUACCGACUGCCUGGACUUGGAUUCGACUACUGGACUAGUCGUAGUAUCCUGCCUGCCAUCCGACGAUUCGACGCCUACUAUCUGGUUCUCUGACUAUCCGUCCAUUUUAACUCCGCUCCGCCGUCAUCUUCGUCCUGUCCACUUAGGCUCCCCUCAUCCUUCUCUUUCUUCUUCUCCCCAGGAACGGCGCCCAUCAGCCUACCGAACUCUUCUCACCCCGGCUGUUCUCUCUUUCCAACACCCCAUUGUCUCUCCCCCGCUCCCGCGUCAUCGUGGUUCCUGCGUGUUCAGUUUCGGCUUGUGGCCGUUUCCGCCGUGGCUUUCCCCGGACCGCUCUCUCCGCGACUCAACGUUCCUGAUCUCAUUCCCCGAUUUACCCCAACCUGAAUCCUUGACGACCCUCGCUCUCUCUUCUACGCUUUCCUCCUCCUUCGCACCUUGUCCUUCUCUCUCUUCCUCUCAUCUGGCGUCCUCGCCCAUGUCCCGCCUUGACUGCGACCGGUAAAUCCCGUUUUCGCCUCCCCAUGCAGCCAAGCGCGACCGACGAGAACACACAUCGAUCAUGAAGGGGCUCUUCUCCCCUCGCCGGAGCAAUGGGGCUCCAACCAACCCUUCGCCCGCGCCGCCACCCAAGAAAGAUCCCCAAACGCCGCAAGUAUCCCCGCUCGAGAAAAGGUUGAAGGAUAUGGGGCCAAUCCGUGGCGACGGUAGUGACAAGUUCUUUGGCAUGGAAAACUACGGAAACACUUGCUAUUGCAAUUCGAUUCUACAAUGUCUUUACUACUCCGUUCCCUUUCGUGAGGCCGUGAUCAAUUACCCGCAGCGCACGCCCGUCGAGAGCAUCGAGGCUGCCCUAGCUCAGAAUCUCCGAUACCAGAACCCCAAUGCGCACUUGGAGGCCGAGGCCCAGGCAGCCAAGCAGAAGGCUACUGCUCCUGCGCCAUCAGCGCGCCAGGCAGGCGUGCCUCCCAAUCAACCACAGAAGCCAGAAGAUAAGGACUCACCGGAAUACAAGAAGAAGGUUGCGCUCCAGACGCUUCCGUUGUUGGAGACCAAGAACAAUGCUGGCAGUUACGGCAUGUCGGAAUCUCUUUUCACAUCUUUAAAGGAUAUCUUCGAGUCCCUGGUGGGCAGUCAGUCCCGGAUUGGAGUGAUCCGGCCACAUCAAUUUUUGGAUGUGUUGCGGCGGGAGCACGAAAUGUUUCGAACGGCCAUGCAUCAGGAUGCCCAUGAAUUUUUGAAUCUCCUGCUAAAUGAGGUGGUAUCCAAUGUCGAAGCGGAAGCGACAAAGCAAUCAUUCAGCGAAAAGAGCCUCCCCUCGCCACCCUCUGAGAGCGCAGAAUCCUUGGGGAUGUUGACCAACAGCACCGGCUCGAAGUCUCCAAACACUACCAGAUGGGUGCACGAGUUGUUCGAAGGAAUUCUGACAUCGGAGACCAAGUGUCUGACCUGCGAGAAGGUGUCCCAGCGCGACGAAGUAUUCUUGGAUCUCUCGGUCGAUUUGGAGCAGCAUUCAUCCGUUACCGCCUGUCUUCGAAAGUUUUCCGCUGAGGAGAUGCUUUGCGAGCGGAAUAAGUUUCACUGUGACAACUGCGGUGGCCUUCAGGAGGCAGAGAAGCGUAUGAAGAUCAAGCGCCUGCCCAGAGUCCUAGCCUUGCAUCUCAAGCGCUUCAAGUACACGGAGGAUUUACAGCGGCUACAAAAGCUCUUCCAUCGGGUCGUCUACCCAUACCAUCUCCGCCUGUUCAAUACGACAGACGAUGCCGAAGACCCAGACCGGCUCUACGAGUUGUACGCUGUUGUUGUUCAUAUCGGAGGUGGCCCGUAUCAUGGUCAUUAUGUUGCAAUUAUCAAAACCGAGGACCGCGGCUGGUUAUUGUUCGAUGACGAGUUGGUGGAACCAGUCGAUAAGAACUAUGUUCGAAAUUUCUUCGGUGAUCGACCCGGCUUGGCCUGUGCAUACGUUCUAUUUUACCAGGAGACCACGCUCGAGGCUGUCAUGCGAGAGCAGGCUCAGGAGGAUGCAGCAUCCACCGCGGCCGCAGCCGAGGCCAGUGACCUGGGCAAGACCAACGGGUUCUCGACAUCGCCGAAUAACUUGGUCCAAGUGCAUAGCGCCGGUUACGUUCCUUCCGAAGAACCGCAUCGGUUCACUCCCAUCAGCAAAAUGACGACGGCCCCUCAGCUCGAGCCUCAUUACGAACACCCCGAGUCCGAUUCGUCUUCGCAACAACAGCCCGUCCAGCCUGCUCAACCUCAACCACCGUUGCCACCCAUCCCCGACGAGCAGCCCCCUGUCUUGAGCGCAAAGAAGAGUGACGUGCAGUCUAAGAAGGAGAAGGCUCGAGAGGAGAAGGAGCGUCGGGCAGCGGAGAAAGAACGGGAAAAGAAUGAAAAGGCCCGCCGCAGAGAGAUCGAGCUGCAGCAUCAGAUGGACGCCAGGCGUGAAGCCGAGGAGCUUCGGCGAGCUAUCGAGGCCAGCAAGGCGGAUGCCAAUGACCUUGGUCCCGAGAACGGAUCUCCCAGAAAGUCGUCCAGCUUCAAUUUCCUGCGGCGCGGUAGCCGCAGCCUGGGCCACCGCCUCAGCAAGGAGAAAGAACCCCGAGUGUCAACUUCGGAUUUGGUCCCCACGCCUGUUCCCGAGACGCCAGUCGGAGAAGCGGCAGAACCUGAACAACAACUAGCGUCGCCAAAGGAACCGUCUCCUAUUUCUAAUCCGAAGAUGGCCUCCCGAGUUCCGGGGCCUCCACCAAUUCCCAAGGAUACCAAGGAAGUAAAACACGAAAAGAAUGGGCACACUCACAGGUGGAGGUCUCUCAGCUUCAAAAAGGCAGCAUGAUGAGUAUCCGACCAUCGUUCAUUUUCCGGAGCACGUCGUUUUUCUUGCAUCUGCCAGCUUCCGAUCGCGAUUCCGGAGAUACCCACAGACCAUUUCAACACCAUCAACCCCUCCUCAUAUCAUGCACAUACCAGCGCAAUUUGCUUCUUGCACAUAGCUUUCCGUGGAUGUAUCACCACCAUUUUACUCACCAUUCUCACCACACGCGCCCUUUGUCGUCCUUCAAUCCUAUUCUCCUGUUGGAUGAAAUGGCCCAGUAACCAUGUCACACCUCCGAGAGGUGUCCCCUUGGGCCCUUCCAACAGACUUGUCUUCCUAGAAUUUCUUGGAACCCCCCCCCCAAUAUGGCUUUUUCUUCUUGUUCUUCUUCUUCUUCUUCUCUUAUUGCUGCUGCGUUGCUGAUUUCUGUAACAUGUACGGCGGCAUGAAUUUCUGUGCCGGCGGGAUCCGUCUAUCCCCAUGCUGGCGUGAAAAGGGGCGUUGUCCAUUUCUUACUGUUCUUCUGGGAUUGCAAAUGCUGGUCAGCAUCGGAUUGGUUUUUGUUCUGUUUUUGGAGGACUCUCAAAUGGCGUUCUCUGCCUUAUUCUUGCUGUCUUAUUCUUUUCCUUCCGAUCCAACCAGCGAGUUUCUUUAGUCUUAUUUGCAUGCCUGUAUCUACUGACGCCGCGUUUUGGAAGUCCCCAUUCCCUUGCAAAGUGUGGUCACAUAGCCUAUGAUUUUCUUUUUUUUUCAAUGAUGUGAUCAUCGUCUUGCUUUCGCCGACACCCUACUGUAUCUUUUAACAGAAACAAGACGCUACAGGCUUUAAUCACAUGGUUCUUUUUGUGUCUCUGUUGAUUCGCUUGUGGGUAUAUACAAGUAGACUUAAGGGCUUUAAAAUGCAUCAAAAAUAAAAGUAGGACAUGGACUGCACCCUCUCUGCAUUCCAAUUCACGUAGAAAGACAUAGAAAAAGGAGCCUCGGAAAACCGUCCUGUCGAUCCCACCAGAUACACCUAAAUAGUCCUUUUUUUCCAAUUUCCCCUUGUCUUAUUUGUUCUUCGCUCGUAUACUUCGUUUUGCAUUGACUUUGUGGCAGAGACUGGAAUCGAUGUUGCCCGAAUUCGCUGAGAUUAUGGGGGGAGUAGGUGCCCACGAUCCUGAAGAAGGGGAGAGGUCGGCCAUAGGUGGGGUUGUCUGGCUUCUCGUAUGAUGGUAUGGCAAAGAAGCACGGCGGGCCAAGAACUCAACCGAGAAUGAGCUCGUAGACGAUGAUAAUGGUAUUGAUGACGAUGAGCGGUACU